AUGUCUUCCAAAUUCCAAUCCCUGACCAACAACAUGCCAGCCGUGACCGAACACACCAACACAAACGCCGAUAUCCGCAUCGAAAACUUCAUCGGCUACAUCAAAGUGCCCCUCGGCCUGGCCGGCCCUCUAUCCAUCCACCCUCCCAACGGCGAGAAAGAAGAAAUCCACGCCCCACUCGCAACAACCGAGGCAGCCUUGAUCGCGAGCUGCUGCCGCGGCACCAAAGCAUUCAAUCUAUGCGGUGGCAUCCAGUUUGACAUUCUGGGCGAGGGAAUGGUGCGGGCGCCGCUUUUCCGGUUCCCCAGUCCCCGUGAAGCAAUUGCGUUUAGUAGACAAAUGGCAGUUGUUGAGCGGAUAUUUGCGGGGGCGGCGGAGGCGACGAGUCGUCAUUUGAGGUUGAAGAAGAUUAUUCCGCAUGUUAUUGGGCGCAGGGCGCAUCUCUACAUCAGCUAUUAUUCCGGUGACGCGGCGGGACAGAAUAUGGUGACUAUCGCCACGCAGUAUGGGUGUGAGCGGAUCAUGGAGGGUCCGCUCGCUUUGCAGUUGAAUAUCGAAAAGGCCACAUUGGAAGGCCAGAUGGCGUCAGAUAAGAAGCCGUCGUGGGGGAAUGUAAAGCAGCCGCGCGGCGUGGAGGUGAUGGCCUGGGGGAGUCUAUCGAAUGACGUCUGUCAGCGUGUCCUGGGAUGCACGACAGCAGAGCUACACCGGUGGCACAAUGCGUUUCUAGAAGGAGGAAUCCGCAACGGGCAGUUUGGCAGUAACGUGAACACGGCCAAUAUCGUCGCGGGCAUCUUUGUUGCUGCCGGCCAGGAUGCGGCCAGCAUCGGUGAAGGAUGCUGGAGCCAUCUUGUCAUGGAUUAUAUGCCGGAAACUGAGCGUCUUGUCGUCUCUUUGUAUUUCCCUUCUCUCCCGGUGGGCGUUGUCGGUGGGGGCACUUUGUAUCCUACCCAAAAGGAGUGUUUGGAGAUGAUGAAGUGUCGAGGAACCGGAGGGAAGAAACGGUUGGCAGGCAUCAUAGCUUCGUUUGCGUUGGCGUUGGAGGUCAGCACUGCUGCUGCACUGGCCACGAAUACAUUCUCGCAGGCGCAUCAGAGACUGGCGAGGAAGUCUCGUUUGUAG